UUUCAGUUGCGAUUUAUCUGGGAUACGGAACAGGACUCCAUUGAAAGAUCUUACUUAUGAGAGGCUCAGCAUUUUGAGCAGACUGCCGACCAAUGACUAAGACCACAAUGCAUUGGCUGGCUCACUUCCAGAUUAUAUUGCUAUGCAUUUGGUUGAUGUGCCCCAGUUCGAAGGCCAUAAAAUGCGACACUUGUGGCAAGGAGUGUGCCAGCGCCUGUGGCACCAAGCACUUUCGGACCUGUUGCUUUAACUACCUUCGCAAACGUUCCUAUCCGGAUGCACUGCGUCAGAGCUCGGAUCGCAGGCUCAUCGACUUCAUCCUGCUGCAAGGACGAGCCCUCUUCACCCAGGAAUUGCGCGAGAGACGCCACAAUGGCACUUUGAUAGACCUCGGCUUGAACACCUACUACCGCUAAAACCACUCCUAAUAACUCAAUCUACGCUGAUACUGACACUGACUUUGAUUCCGACUCCUGAUUUAUGUGAUCCAAUGGCAAAAGGUUGAAAUGUUUGAAAUGUUAAUUUUCCAAUAAAGGCACUAACUUCUUUGGGGCACUGUGCUUGAUGAAGCAGCUAA